CCUACAAAUCCCUUACUGUAAGUUGAGCCAUUCCGUGGGGUUUAUAGCUUAUGACGUUAUUCAUAGCUAAUGAGAAAGCUGAAGAAGCGAAGAAAGAACCAGAUAGUCCUUCAAAAUCACUUAAACUUUCAAUUCCAAAGAGGGAAGACACUGCGGUUUUGCCAAAAUAAAGUGUUUAAGGGGACUUACAAGCCUCAGCUUGAUCCAGUUACUGGGAAUCAUGUUUUAACAGAUAACGUCCAAAUAAGCCCCAACAAGACAAGUAUUACUGUUAAGAAUAUUGAUAAUCACAAGGAAAUCUACAACUUUGAUUAUGUUUUUACUGGCCCAAGUGAAUCAAGGAUGGAUAAACUCCUUUCUAAAUCAUCCGUUGUUAAAGACGUUAUCGAAGGGUUUGACAGCACCUUGAUAAUCAUGCCACAUGAUGACCAAAUUACUAAUUCUCCAGCAUACAAAAUAGCUAAUGCAGGGAAGAAUGCUACUUUUGCUAUCCAAAAACCAAAUGCAGAUAAUCAUGACUUAGCAAAGGUAAACAAGCAAAAACAAGUGCAACUAUUUCCUACACAAAGGAGCAAACUCCAGUACCAGACAGGGCUUGUCUACAAAGCUUUUAGAGAACUCUACCAGAGAAUCAAAGAUCUUCAAGAACAAGAGCAGGUUAUCUCUCUUGAGGUAUCAGCCUUCCAGAUUUUAGAUGAUAAAAUAAUUGACCUUGGGAUGCCAGAUGAUGCUAAGAAGCAUAACACAGUUGAGGUGAGAAAUCUUGACUUCGAAAAAUAUGACAUGGCUACUUAUGAAGAUAUGAAGGGAACAGUUUAUGUAAAGAAUUGCUACUACAAAGAUAUCAACUCUCUUGAGGAUUUCAAGUAUUUUAUUGACAAAUGGCUUAAAACUCAGGGAAAUGCUCACGACCAGACAAAGUUUACUCAUACUCUGAAAAGUGAAAAAUAUGAAGCGAGUAAGAUAACCAACGAAGAUACAAAGGAAGAGUCUUAUUUUAGUCAUACGAUCUUUUCUAUCCUUGUAAAGAGAAAGAUUACAGUCACAAGGCUUUAUAUCGUAUCGUGUGCUCCAUACCAAAGUGAUCUAGAAUUUUAUGAGGAAUCUCAAUGCCCUAUAUACAUCGGAGCCAGAAAAAGCAAUGAAGCAUUGAUGAAAUUGAUGGAGAUCUGACAGCUUGCCAAAAAUGGAGAAGACCUAGAUGACCAUUCUAAAUUUCCAUUCAAUGACUGCAAAUUCACAAAUAUCUUAAAGAACGUAUUCCAAAGCGACUCGAAUAUAAACUUCUUAUUUACAUUACCUUUGAUGGAGUUCAACCCUAAUAUUUUUACUGUAAAGAAUUUUUCUAAGGGAAAAAGUUUCCUUAGGCAGCUUCUGGUUCUAAAAUUGGCCCAGAACAAGUACCCUCAUGUUUCAAGCGCUACUCGAAUGAGAGAUUACGACAAGAUAAUGGGGAUUUUAAAGCUCUCAGCUUUGAUGCAAAAAUCUGAUAUCAAGGAUCAAAGCAAUAUAUCGAUGAGCCCUAGCAAGAACUUUGACGAGGAAAUAGACUCCUCUAGAUUUGAGAAAUUGAUGAAGCCUAAGAAAUCAAAGAUAUCUAAUCAUAAAAUUGAGGCAUUCAAGAGAAAUGAAAAGACUAAAUUUGAGAAUAUCAGGAAUCUUCUAGGUCUUGAGAUGGACCUUGCCCAAGUCCUGAGUCAGAAUCUUUCACCUGAUGAAGAAGAUGAGCUAAGGUUACACAAAGAAAUCAGUGAAAGGCUACAAGUUUAUCAAAAACAACACCGUAAAUUAUCUUGGGAAGUUGAAGAGAUUAAUGAGAAGGUCAAUGAGCAAAUAACUAUGAGGGACAACAUCGUGUCCAAAUAUACUAACAUUUUCCAAAGUAUGGAAAAGAAGCUUGCUGACAUGGAACUGAGCAAAUAAGCAAACCACUAAGAUGAAAGAGGACGAGAUCCGUGAAAAAGCACAGAAGAUGAAGACCAUGAUCAAGGGCAAAUUUCAGACAGGAGUUGACUUUAUGCAGACUAAAUGUAACUCCAUCAAAGAUAUAGUAUCCUCUAGUGAAGACUAUAUCGAGAAAGUUAGAAUAGGUCAGAUUAAAAGAAAAGAAGGAGUAAAGAUUAUGCACGAUGAGUACCAAGUCAAACAAUACCAAGAGAAAUACCAACAUAAAAAGAAUCUGAAAGAAAUCCGUAAGAAGGGAGAAGAAGUUAUCAAACAGUACCAAGAGCCAGAGGAUAAGUACAAAGAGACUCCAGAGAGAAUACUGAUGAAGGAGAAAAUGAAGAAUGAUAUACAGGAUAAAUAAGAGUGAACUAAACAUGUUUGAAGGAGAGAUCUUAGCUCUCUAUGCUAUACUCAAUGAGCAGACUAAAUAAGAUCAAAGAUAUGGAAGUUAUGCAAAGUAGGCCAAAGCCGAAGCCAAAGAUGGAGCUGACUCAACUGAGUCAUUUCUCAUCUAUAAACUCGUAUCACUCUAGCAAGAACAGGAAGAAUUCUCGUUUACCUCAGAUGCAUAUUCCUUUCAGAGUGACAAGGAAUAAAUUGACAAGAGACAAUUCAGAGUUUUUAUAUAAAAUUAUUCAGAAGAAGAAAAUCCAAAUGUCCAAAAAUAGUAAUACUUCUUCAACAAAUGCAAUUGAGCUGAAAUGAAUGUUGGAUACUUUGAAUCCUAAAAUGAGUACUGGGAAACUGUUUGCAACUCCUUCUAAGAGUAGUUCCCAGCCAAGGCUUAAUAUCAGCGACCGUAAGAGCCCAGGCAAUUUUAGCGCAAUAGAAACAUUUACACCAGUGGUGAGCCAAAACACUGGGUUAUUUUACACAGGAAAAUUAAGUUUGUAAUAAAAAACUAUUCAAUUUUAA